AGCCACCACAUUGCCUUUAGCACGACAACGGAGACCAUGGGCGGAAGCAACUCGACGAUGUGCUGCUGUGGCCGCGGCCCGCGCCCCACCGAGGACGAGGGCUCUGCUGCGCCCAAGUCCCGCGGCGUGCAUGAGGCCACGGCCGCCGUCGACGGUCCGCUCGAGGACAGCGAUAACCUCUCGACGCCGCCGCAGAGCCCGCGCAUCGACGACGAGUCGCUCUCGCCGGCUAUCCAGUCGCGCCCGUCGCUCGUCUCGUCGCAUCACUUUGCCGACAUUUACGCCCUCGACGUCGACCAAAAGCUCGGCGAAGGCGCGACUGCCAUCGUGUAUGUGGCCACGAACAAGCGCAACGGGAAGCGCGUCGCCGUCAAGUGCUUUGAGAAGGCCAAGAUGGUGCAGAACGAGAUCCGAGACCUCUUCAUGGAGGUGGGCAUCCUCAAGCUCAUGAAGCACAAGAACGUGUUGCAGCUCCAUGACUUUUUUGAAGAGCCCGCGCACUUCUUCAUCGUCACGGACCUCCUCGAGGGCGGCGAGCUCUUUGACCGGAUCGUCGAGAAGGAGUUUUACUCGGAGAAGGAGGCGCGCGACGUCAUCAAGACGCUUCUGGAAGCGAUCCAGUACCUCCACGACCUCAACGUCGUGCACCGCGACCUCAAGCCCGAGAACAUUUUGCUCACGUCGCAUGGCGACGACACGUCCAUCAAGAUUGCUGACUUUGGCUUUGCCAAGCAGGACUUUGAAGGCAAGCUCACGGACAAGUGCGGGUCGCCCGACUACAUUGCGCCCGAGAUCCUCGCGCGGUCCUUCUACGGCAAGCAGGUCGACGUAUGGUCGGCCGGGAUCAUCACGUACAUCCUCCUCUGCGGCUACCCGCCCUUCUCGGGCAAGAACAACACGGUGCUCUUCAACAACAUCAAGGCCGGCCAGUUUGAGUUCGAGUCGCCGUACUGGGACGACGUGUCCUCGGAAGCCAAGGCCUUUGUCCGCCGCAUGCUCGUGGUCGAUCCGUCUGCGCGCGCGACCGUCGACAUGCUCCUGAACGACGUCUGGAUCACGGGCGACGUCUCGGCGACGCCGCUCAACGGUGUCAUGGACGAGCUGCGCCGCUUCAACGCGCGCCGCAAGUUCAAGGCCGCCGUCAAGACCGUGCAGGCCACCGUGUCGCUCCUCAACAACGCCCGCGCUCGCUCCUCGUCGACGCCCAUGACGCCGCCCGCCCGCGCCCCCACCGACGUCGUCGUCUAGUGUAUCUACUUAGUCUAGCCCAAUUUUGGUCAAUAGAGCCUCUUUCAUGCUUCCCUCU